CUACUCCUCCAGUAAUUAGAUGAGCCAUCUUCUACUGAAUUCAAAAUCAAACUACACUAAUAAAUGCAACCUCCCCCAAAUCUACUCCUACUACUCAUUCACCUCCUAUUUUCUAAUCAAAUGGCCACCACCACAUUCAUCAUUCUCCUCCCCAAAUGUCCUCCCUACCUUUUUACCCUCCCACCACCACAUCCACUCCUUCCGCCGCCGCCGCCCCGCCGCCGCCAACAAAUAACAACGCCCAUCUCGAUCUCCGUUACGCCACUGCCUUGUCUCUAGGCUUCCUCCUCUGCUUCGCUCUCAUUCUCCUCUCUUACAUUUGCUUCCGCUUUUCUCGCCGCCGCCAGCUAAACCCUAAUAAUACUAAUCACAACCCUAAUUUUGCGGCUACUUCGGACAAUGGCAUUAUUCUUUCCAGGAGAAUAUUCGUGGCUGAAGAUGAGGAUGAUGAGCACAACUCCGUCAUUGGCCUCGAUCAGGCGGUGAUCAAUUCGUACCCUAAGUUUCCGUUUGUGACAGGAGCCGGCGGCGACUCGGUGUGCGCGAUCUGCUUGGGCGAGUACAAGGAUGCGGAGAUGUUGCGAAUGCUGCCGGAUUGUAGACAUUUUUUUCACCUGACUUGUGUUGACGAGUGGCUUAGGUUGAACGCUUCGUGUCCGGUUUGUCGGAAUUCGCCAUUGCCCACUCCUUUGUCUACGCCGCUAUCGGAAGUGGUGCCGCUUUCUCUCUACACCGAUGGCCGGAAUAGGAGGAGGUGAUGGACAGAUACAGUGAUUAGAAAUUAAAGUAUUGUUCCGUUUCCGUUUCGUAGCAUAGCAUUUGCAGUUUUUGUUUUUUGGGGUCUGAUUAUUCAAGUGUUUUUUGUUUUGAAUAGGGUUCAUCUCUUUACUGUCUUUACACGAUCAGUGUAUCUAAUUAUUUAUCUGGAAAUAUAAUCAUGUGAUUCUCU